AACAGCAGCUGUUUUCCUUGGAUCUUCCCAAGCCUCCGGUCUCACCAUGAGGGAGUGCAUCUCCAUCCACAUCGGGCAGGCCGGGGUGCAGAUGGGCAAUGCCUGCUGGGAGCUGUACUGCCUGGAGCACGGCAUCCGGGCCGACGGCACCAUCCCGGCAUCCAAGCAGGGCAAAUCCCCGGAUCCCGGCUCGGAGCAGGGGGAUUCUUCCUUCGAGACCUUCUUCUGCGAGACGGCGUCCGGGAAACACGUGCCCAGGGCGGUGUUCAUCGACCUGGAGCCCACGGUCAUUGAUGAGAUCAGGACCGGCCCCUACCACGGGCUCUUCCACCCGGAGCAGCUCAUCAGCGGCAAGGAAGACGCCGCCAACAACUACGCCCGCGGCCACUACACCAUCGGCAAGGAGAUCAUCGACACCGUGCUCAGCAGGAUCCGCAAGAUGGCUGACCAGUGCAGCGGCCUCCAAGGGUUCCUGGUCUUCCACAGCUUCGGGGGAGGCACCGGCUCCGGCUUCACCUCCCUGCUCAUGGAGCGGCUCUCCGUGGAGUACAGCAAGAAAUCCAAGCUGGAGUUCUCGGUGUACCCGGCCCCGCAGGUGUCCACGGCCGUGGUGGAGCCCUACAACUCCAUCCUCACCACGCACACCACGCUGGAGCACUCGGACUGCUCCUUCAUGGUGGACAACGAGGCCAUCUACGACAUCUGCCACCGCAACCUGGACAUCGAGCGCCCCACCUACACCAACCUCAACCGCCUCAUCGGCCAGAUCGUCUCCUCGGUCACGGCCUCGCUGCGCUUCAACGGCGCCCUCAACGUCGACCUCAUCGAGUUCCAGACCAACCUGGUGCCCUACCCGCGCAUCCACUUCCCGCUGACCACCUACGCGCCCAUCGUGUCGGCGGAGAAGGCCUACCACGAGCAGCUCUCCGUGCCAGAGAUCACCAACGCCUGCUUCGAGUUCUCCAACCAGAUGGUGAAGUGCGACCCGCGGCGCGGCAAGUACAUGGCCUGCUGCCUCCUCUACCGCGGCGACGUGGUGCCCAAGGACGUCAACGCCGCCAUCGCCGCCAUCAAGACGCGCCGCUCCAUCCAGUUCGUCGACUGGUGCCCCACGGGCUUCAAGGUGGGCAUCAACUACCAGCCGCCCACCGUGGUGCCCGGCGGCGACCUGGCCAAGGUGCAGAGGGCCGUGUGCAUGCUGAGCAACACCACGGCCAUCGCCGAGGCCUGGGCCCGCCUCGACCACAAGUUCGACCUCAUGUACGCCAAGAGGGCCUUCGUGCACUGGUACGUGGGCGAGGGCAUGGAGGAGGGCGAGUUCUCCGAGGCCAGGGAGGACCUGGCGGCGCUGGAGAAGGAUUACGAGGAGGUGGGCAGGGACUCUGCGGACGGGGAGGAGGAGGAGGAGGAGGAGGCCGAGGAGGACGAGUACUGAGGGGACGCGGCGGAGCCAAACCUCAGAGACCUUCCGUGCCGAGGGCCUGGAGGCAUCAGGACCGUCCCUUGGCAUGUUAAACCUUCCCCUGCUUCGUGUAGUCCUGGGUGUCCUGAGCUUUGCCACGCUGCUGUUUUAUCGCUGAGUUAAGGCCUGGCUUAGUGUCCCGCCUAGGCAGGAGAUAUCCCGGUCUCCUCCUGCUCCAGGGGGGGAAAAAUGCUACGAGCUGCUUUGGCUGGAAUGGCGAAACUCUGGCUCUGGCUUUUGAGUGUAAAAGCACUUUUUUUUUUGGGUUAGGAACGCGCCUGUCCUUCUAUGCAACCGCC